GCUCUGGCCAGCCCUUCCUCUGGGAUCCCUGCAUUUCCUACCCCUCGCUGCAUUUUAACCUCUCUCGCUCCUCUCCCCUUCCCCGCGUUCCAUCCCCUCCGCCCACCGUUUUGCCGCGAUAUAAACCUCGGCAAUCCCAAGUUGCGGGCCGAACUUCCCUGCCCCGGAGGGAGAACCGGGGUUCGGGCGGGCCCGGCGGCUCGGGGUGCUGCCCAACCUCCUCGCAGAGCAUCAGCGCCUCCAGGAGCUCCCCCCCUUCAACAGGUUUUGGAGGCUCGUUUUGCAGUGGCUGCACGCUGACACCAUGGCACUCCCGGGAAUGGGGCCCUUCUCCCUCCUCAGCCUUGGAGUCCUGGUCCUGGCUCUGGCUCUCCCUGCUGAUGCUGGGCUCUCUCAGAAGCACGUCUCGGACGUCGUGGAUGACAGCAAAGACAACAUCACCAUUUUCACGCGCAUCCUGGACAGGCUCCUGGACGGAUACGACAACCGCCUGCGGCCCGGGCUGGGAGACAGUGUAACUGAAGUCAAGACAGACAUUUACGUGACGAGUUUCGGCCCUGUCUCGGACACAGACAUGGAAUACACCAUCGAUGUCUUUUUCCGGCAGUCCUGGAGAGACGAAAGGCUGAAGUUUGACGGCCCCAUGAAAAUCCUUCCCCUGAACAACCUGCUGGCCAGUAAGAUCUGGACUCCUGACACUUUCUUCCACAACGGGAAGAAAUCUGUUGCCCACAACAUGACGACCCCCAACAAGCUGCUGCGCCUGGUGGACAACGGCACCCUCCUGUACACCAUGAGGCUGACCAUCCACGCCGAGUGCCCCAUGCACCUGGAGGACUUCCCAAUGGACGUGCACGCCUGCCCCCUGAAAUUUGGGAGCUAUGCCUACACAAAGACGGAGGUGAUCUACACCUGGACCCUGGGGAAGGAUAAAUCUGUGGAAGUGGCCAAGGGUGGAUCCCGCCUGAACCAGUAUGACCUGCUGGGCCAUGUGGUUGGGACGGAGAUGGUUCGAUCCAGCACAGGGGAAUACGUCGUCAUGACCACGCACUUCCACCUCAAGAGGAAGAUCGGGUACUUUGUGAUCCAGACCUACCUGCCCUGCAUCAUGACUGUCAUCCUGUCCCAGGUCUCCUUCUGGCUCAACAGGGAGUCCGUCCCUGCCCGCACGGUUUUUGGUGUCACCACGGUGCUCACCAUGACCACACUAAGCAUCAGCGCCAGAAACUCGUUACCCAAAGUGGCGUACGCGACGGCCAUGGACUGGUUCAUAGCCGUCUGUUAUGCCUUUGUGUUUUCUGCGCUGAUCGAGUUCGCCACCGUCAACUACUUCACCAAGCGCAGCUGGGCCUGGGACGGCAAGAAGGUGCUGGAGGCCCAGGAGAUGAAGAAAAAGGAGCCGGUGGCGCUGGCCAAGAAAACCAACAACACCUACAACAUCGUCGGCACCACCUACGCCCUGAACAUGGCCAAGGAGCCCGGCCUGCCCACCAUCUCCAAGAGCGCUGCCGUCACUGCCACCGCCGCCAGCGUGCCCCCCAAGAUGCCCCGCCUGGAGGAGAAGCUCCCCGAGAGCAAGAAGACCUACAACAGCGUCAGCAAGGUAGACAAGAUGUCCCGCAUCGUCUUCCCAGUCCUCUUUGCCAUUUUCAACUUGGUCUACUGGGCCACCUAUGUGAACCGGGAGUCAGCUAUCAAGGGAAUGAUCCCCAAACAAUAGAACCGGUCACACAAACCUUCCAUCAGUGAGCAUCAUCCCAGCAGGAAUUCUCCAGGGCUUUCUUCUUUUCUUGUUUGGUUCAAUUAUUAUUGUUCAUUUGGUAUUAUUAUUAUUAUUAUUAUUAUUAUUAUUAUUAUUAUUAUGUCACUCUUUUAUAAUGUAAACGAAACUGUGAUUUUAAUUUCAUCCCAUAUAUACUUUGGUUUCCUUUACUUUGGUGAUGAAAGCUAAAAAAAAAAAAAAAAAAAAAAAAUUAAGGGAUCAUAACAAGUUGUGCCUCUAACAUCUUACGUCUGCUGUCACCCAUCUGACCAAGUCACCCUGUGCUGCCAUCUCUCCUCUGCCACCUCCUGUGGUCUCCAUGCCUCUGCCAUUUCAUGCUGUCCCCAGGGGCUCCUCCUCCUCUGUGAUGGGCUGCCCUAGCAUAGGGGAUGCUCCUGGACACCCGGGCUGCGGGAUGUGUCCAUCACUCAGCCGGGCUCCUCUUCAGUGCCUGGCACUUUGACCUGAGCUGGUCACCUGCAGGGAUGAGGGAGCAGCCUGGCAUGGGCCAGCUUGUGGCCCAGUGCCUGCUGGAGCAAAACAACCACUGCUGUGGUCCCCAGAGCCAUGGCAGGGGUGGCAGCAUCUUGUAGCUAUCACAGAUCUUCCUCUCUGUCUUCACCAAACCCAGCUGGGUUUGUCUCUCUGGACAAGAAAGGUGGGAAAGGUCCUGUCUGGCUGGAAUCCUGCGCUCUUGGGGCAGUUCAUGUUAGCAGGAAGUGUGGCUCCGGCCAGAGAAAUCGUUUUUCUUAGUCAGGAAGUCCAGACAGAAGCUUUACAGAGCCUUGGAGGAGAUGGCAGCAGUGAGGGCUGCUCUCAGCCUGAGGACUGGACAGCACAGAGUUCCUGUUCAGAUGGGUGAUCUAGCACUUUCCCUUAUGGCCCCAUCCACUUAUCCUUCUUAGCAGAUCCUCUUUGUCCCAGACCCUUCUUCCAGCUUCCCCUUCAUCCUCCCCUGGCUGCUCAGCAGCCCUCAUUGGUGUCUCAGUGCUCACAGGUGGAUUUAGGCAGGGAAGCUCCCUCCCUCCUGGGGAAGGCUCAUGGUUCAUCCCUGCUGCAGUGCGGGAUGUUCCCUGUGGGACCUGCCAUGGGGAUGAGGCAGGGGACAGGGGAUCCCCCAGCCUCUGCCUGCCCCUGGUGAGCUGGUGCAUCCUCAGCACCUUGGGAAAGCAGCAGAAGGGGCUCUGGAAGAGCAGGGUGACACUGCUGUCCCACAGAGCCACGUGAGCCCGGUGCCAUCCCACAAAGCACCUGAGGCAAGACCCGGUCCAACACUGCACACUCUUCCAAGGAAAGCCCUCCGGGUUUUUCUCCCUUCCUGAGCACCACAGUGGAGCCAAACCCAUGUUCGUCCCUUUCCCAGCAGCAGCACAAAGCGGUGACAUCCGAGCCAUCCAUCCAUGGGCACGCUGCCCUCCCACACGGGGGGACAUCCUGCGCCUGAUGAUUCCUUGGGGCAGCACAGUCCUGCUGCCACAGAGGGGUGCACCCUCUUUUCCUUCGGCCUCCCUCUGACCCCCUGGCUGCCCCCCAGAGCUGUCCCCAGCGCGUUUUGGUCUCCUGCAGCCAAGCCGAGGCCCCAGCGCCCUGGGGGUGAUGCCUUCAGCAUUGGUUUGAGCUGUGCCAGGCUUAGCUUGCCCCUGCCCGUGCAGGAGCAGGGCUGAGCACAAGGCACAGGAUUUGCCCCACCUGGAAUAUCCAUGGCAGCGUCAGGAAGGAGUGAGGAAGCCCAGGGCAGUGUGUCCUGCAGCGUGGGUGGCACUGGAGCACGUCCUGCCUGUCCCUCACCGAUCUCACUGGCUCAACAGCAGAGCAGUCACUCCCCUUGCCCACAGCUGAGAUUUUUGGAGAGGAGUUUGGAGAUGUUUAGCCCAGUCCCAGGGCGCUGAGUCCACAAGUACAUCCACAUGGCUGGCAACAUCGGGAAGGAGGAACCAGACCCCCCCCCCCCCAAGCUGCUGCUGAGGAAACCAGCUCUUUCCUCAUCCUCUCUCACAGCAUCUGCCCCCCAAACCAUGUAAUUUCUACAGUGCCUUUCAUCCCCAAGUGGGUGGGAAGACCCAGGAGCUCUCCCUCUCUGCUGCAGCAUCGGGGUGGGGGAGCAGAGGGGAGGGUGCCCCAUCUCCAGCAGGGCAGGGAGGACAUCCUGGCUUCUUUGGCACCUGGUUCUGCCUGUUGGGGCUCCUGCUGCUGCUGCAGCCACCCCACUAUGACACCCCAGCUGCUCCAUCCCUGCCUCGAUGUGUCCCCAAGCCCCUGGCCCCCGAGGCAGCCCCACAUUGCCUCCAGCAGUGAGUUCCCCUCCUGCCACCCCUCUGCUCCCUGGGCUCUCCAGUGGGAAGGGCUACAGCUGUCUGUUUUGGAAACAUUUUCCUAAAUGAGCUAGAUGAAGAGUGUCUCAUAAAACAUUCAUGUCACCAUAACACUCAGGCCUAAGUGAAUGGAAUAGAAACCCCACAACAAGCAAAACCGACACAAUAAAAUGGUCACAAAGAGUAUGUUGUGUUUACUAAUGGAAUUACAGCAAGUUUAAAUACUGCACCCAGCGACUUAGCUGACUUAGCUGGCCCUGCUGGUCUCCUCUGCUAGCCAGGGAAUUCCCCAAAAUCCCUUUUACCCCAAGAGCCAUGUCGCUGUCUGUCAGUGCCGGCUUUGUAGAGCUCUCCAUAAAUCAUCAGCUCUUACCAUCAGCAGCCCAAGCACCCUGGGGCUGCCUCUGCUGCCUGCCCAGGCCUGGUGGGCUCAGUGCAGUGGGGUGAUUCUCAGGAGAGGGGCUGAGCCUCCCUGAAGUGCUGGGCACAGCACUGGGGCUGCUCCUGAGCCUCCUCCCUCCCUUCCUGCGGUGACCCAAUGACUCUGGCUGAGCAGGUGAAUCCCUGCCUGUCCCUCCCCGCCAUCCUCCCCUCUUGCACCUCCCCAGGACGCUGCCCUCUGCUCUGGCUUGCCCCUGACACCCAUCUGCUGGCUCUUCCAGAAGCGUUGCCUGAUCAGGGCUGCCUUCCUGUGCCUGUGUGAGCACGCCUCGAAAGCCAAGUCUAUUCCGAACCAAAGCCUGGCACGGGCUCCGAGACCCCUUGCCAGCUGGAAGCAGAAAUAGCGGCAUCCUUUGGUUAAAGACAACAAACCAAACAGGAUUUCUAGUUUGGCUUCCAAGCAGGAAAGCGUUUCGGGAAGAUAGUUAUAAAUAAGUGGUUUAACAUCUCCUGCCAGCAGACAUCACAGAGAAGAUAAUGUUCUUUUUUCGUAAAACUGUCAGUGACUCAAAUUUGGACUUUUCCUUCCCAGUUAACACGAGGCUGUUGAUGGGGGCUUCUUCUAAGUGCUUUGCCAGGCCAGAGCUGUUCUAGCACCAAUUACUGGAGUUUUAGGCUGGCUGUGAUAGCAUAUAAGGGUUCCAUUUUUACAGCUGAUCCGUAUAGAAAUGUAUCUGUGUGUGACCCCUGAUAAUCUAACCCAGUGCUGUGCAGAGAGUGGGCACUGUGAACCUCAAGACUCCAGUAUUUUUUUUUCUUCUGGCAAGGCCCAAACUUCCCUGACUUGAUGAGAACCUCCCAGGCAGGAAUUGGAAGCGUUUGAGGGUGACCAAAGUGCUCUGUUGGUCUGCAGUCGUGUUUGGCAGCUGGAGAACUCACGGCACAGCCCCAGCCCGCAGCUGCAUUCCUGCUGGAAAUGUCAUUUUGGCACUGGUAGCUCGCCCCUUCCCUCUUCUGAAGCUGCACGUGGCAGCAGAGAGCACGGCCUGGGGAGGCAGGGACGGCUCCUCUGGGGUCCCUCAGCAGGCAGGGAGGGCAGCACAUGGUCACUGAGAGCUCCCCUUCCGUGUCAGCACAGAGAACAUCCCUCGGACAGGAGAGGCCUGGGGCAGAGGUGGUCCCUCGCUGCCACCUGUUCUCCCAAGGACUGAUGAAGUUACCCUCACAGAACGUCUUGAAAACUUCCCAAACAUCACCCAGCGGAGCUGUGACACUCCAGACUGAGCUUUCCUGCUCUGCUUUGUGCACCCAUCUCAGCCGAAGCACAGUCCCCUCUGAGCUGUCCCGGUCCCUGCCAGCUCAGUGGCACUGGCAGGGCUCUGCUUUGUUUGCUGCAGGACAUCCCAGUGCGAGCAGACCCCAGGCUCGGUGUCCCCAGGCACAAGAUUGUCCCCAGCCUGUCCCUGCUAGCCCAUCCUACAGACACCAGGUGCACCCAUUUCUCAUCCUUGAUUUCUUCUGUGCGUGUCUCGGACUCCUUUCGGCCGUCCCUUGGGGAGGAUUCCAUCUCACCCCAGGAAAAGGGAUUCUCCCGGUGCAGGUCACCUCUGGGAGGAAGAGCCUCUGUUCUGCUGAGAACCUCUCUGUGACCUUCAGAACCCUGGGGCUGCUGCCCAGGGGCAGGGAGGAGAUCCCAGGGGAUGGAGGGGAGCUCUGCAGCACAGAGGGUGCUCUCCCAGCGGCCUUUCCUUGGGAAGGGAUUGUCAGGGAUGUGCUCCCCGCUCACGUUCUUGGUCCUGGGAGUGGUGGAGAGCUGGGCUGGGGCUCUCACAGCACAGUGUCAGGCCAGCCCCUACUCCAGGCCCUCUCCCCCAAAAUUUUACCCCUCCCUGGGGCCACACUUCAGCCCACCCCAUCAGACACCUUGUGUGGAUUUUGCAGACUGUAGGGAAACAUUUCCUUGACUCCUGUUGAUGUUGGGGAGGGCGGAUUGCUGGAAACAUAAACGCUCUAUUAAUAUUAAGGCAGGAAGAAAAAAAACAUCCAAGCAACUCACCAAUCCUCUCCAUAUCAAGCUAAACUACUUCUGAAGGUAGUUUUGGCAAGAGGCCACAGCACAGAUGAGACUGAUGGCUUCCAGGUAUAAAUAUUUACUGUUUGACCUUGUUAUUGUUCCAUCAGCCAAAGGUUUUUUCCUGUUUUUAUAUAUAUACAUGCGUGUGUGUGUAUAUUUAUGCUCAAAACCCCUUUUCAUCUAAACGUCAAACCUUUUUGUCUCUGAAAGAUAGAAUGGCCACUUUUAAUUAUUUCACUUCCCUCUCAUUCUCUUUGCUGAACCUUCUAGAGUGAGGUGAACCCUCUCUGCUGGGCUUUGGGAGGCUCGGGGAACAAAGGGAGCAAGGGAGAGGAGCCUCUCCCCACUCCAGGGGCUCAGUGCAGCCUUGGUGCGUGGAGCAAGGUCACUGCUGGCACUGCUGACCAAUAUCUUUGAGGAAAACUCAGUCCCCAGCCUCACAGCUGCUCCAACACUGCCCUUGUCCUGCUCUGGGCAUGGGGAUGUUCCUGAGACAGCUUUGUAACAGCUGAGUGCUACCAGCAAUUGGUCCUCACCCCAUUGCACAGCCAGGGAAUGUGGGGUGUGGGGUUCCCACCCUCACUCUGCUUCAGGAGGGAGCACAAACCCUGGUGGGACCCACCCUGGCUGUCCCUGGCCAGAGGAACACGCUGGCCUCUCCUGCCCAGCUCAGGGGAGUGCUGGCACUUGGCCUCUGCUGGCUGCUGGUCCAGGUGGGACGCAGGGAAUCCUGACGGUGUGAUCGCUGUGAGAGGUGUCACAGUGAUCACUGCAGGAGGUUUUACAGUGAUCACUGCAGGAGGUGUCACAGCCAUCACUGGGAGCUGUGCUUCUGUCCCUGUCUCAGCACAAGCAGGACCACACACAGAUGUUGGGUGGCCUGUGAGCAGCAGGGCCACGGUCAGCAGCCCCUGGCAGGGGCACCCAGCUCCCUCAGCACCACCCCUGUCUCUCCCCUGCUUAGAACCAUUCAGGCAGUGAACCUCUGUUCCCUCCCCUGCUGCUGGAGAGGGGCUGUGGCAGGCAGCAGUGAGGGUCUGCUGGUGUCCCAGCUGGAGGAUGAACAUCACCAGUUCUUGUCCCGGGUCUGUGCCUGCCUCCCAGAACAGGAAUCUGUGCUGCUCUACACAGUCUUGGGUUUGGGGUGGUCCCAGGACUGGGCCUAUCACCCUUCACCAUGUGGGGGGUGAUGCCUUUGCUUGUGAAGCUCUAGGACAGAACAUGUUCUGGCUAUUCUGUUGUGUUCCUCACUGCCCUGUCCCUCCCUGCCCUGUUCCUCACAGUCCUGAUCCUCCCUGUCCCGUUCCACACUGUCCUGUUCUUCCCUGUCCUAUUCCUCAGUCCUAUUUCUCCUUGUCCUGUCCCUCCCUGUCCUGUUCUUCCAUGUCCUGUUCCUCAUUCCUAUUUCUCCUUGUCCCAUUCCUCCCUGUCCCAUUCCUCACUGCCCUGUCCCUCCCUGCCCUGUUCCUCAGUCCUGUCCCGCCCUGUCCCAUUCCCCACUAUCCCGUUCCACACUGUCCUGUUCUUCCCUGUCCUGUUCUUCCAUGUCCUGUUCCUCAGUCCUAUUUCUCCUUGUCCUGUUCCUCCCUGUCCCAUUCCUCAUUGUCCUGUUCCUCCCUGUCCUGUUCCAUUCUGUCCUGUCCCUCCUUGCCCUGUUCCUCAGUCCUGUCCCUCCCUGUCCCAUUCCUCACUGUCCUGUUCCACACUGUCCUGUUCUUCCCUGUCCUGUUCCUCAGUCCCGUUCCUCAGUCCUAUUUCUCCUUGUCCUGUCCCUCCCUGUCCCAUUCCUCACUGUCCUGUCCCUCCCUGUCCCAUUCCUCACUGUCCUAUUUCUCACUGUCCUGUCCCUCAGUCCUGUCCCUCCCUGUCCUGUUCCUCAGUCCCAUUCCUCAGUCCUAUUUCUCCUUGUCCUGUCCCUCCCUGUCCCAUUCCUCACUGUCCUGUUCCUCCCUGUCCUGUUCCAUUCUGUCCUGUCCCUCCUUGCCCUGUUCCUCAGUCCUGUCCCUCCCUGUCCCAUUCCUCACUGUCCUGUUCCACACUGUCCUGUUCUGUUCUUCCCUGUCCUGUUCCUCAGUCCCGUUCCUCAGUCCUAUUUCUCCUUGUCCUGUCCCUCCCUGUCCCAUUCCUCACUGUCCUAUUUCUCACUGUCCUGUUCCUCAGUCCUGUCCCUCCCUGUCCCGUUCCUCAGUCCCAUUCCUCAGUCCUAUUUCUCCUUGUCCUGUCCCUCCCUGUCCCAUUCCUCCCUGUCCUGUUCCUCCCUGCCCUGUUCCUCAGUCCCAUUCCUCCCUGUCCCGUUCCUCCCUGUCCCGUUCCCCACCAGAGCAGAUCUCCCUGUACACAACCUCAGCAGUCCCAUCAGCCGGGAGAGGGAAGCCUGGUUUCACGUUUGCUGCUCGAGGCGGGUUUCACGUUUGCUCCCGCAGUCUUUGAAGGCUCUUGGCUCUUCUCCUCAGCGCUGCUGGCAGGCCCUGUCAGCUUGGUGAGACCGCAGGCUGGUGCUGCUCUGUGAGCUGCACUCUGCCUCCCCUCAGAAGUCUGUCACUGCCUCCUGUCCUUCCGCAAGGCCCCCGGCAAACGUAACAGCAGUCAUACGUGGAAUGAUCGGAUUUCUGCAACCACAGAAAGUAGGGGCAGGGCUGGGAAACCUGAGUUGCCUUGGCCAGGGAGGGAAGGGUUCCUCUCUGCUGUCACCAGGGAGUUUCUCAGCCCCUCCCCAAUCCAGCCAGGUGUCCCCGAGCAUCCCUUCACCAACGGGAUUGUCACUGUCAGCCCACCUGGGGACAGCUGAGGGCAAAUGUCCUCCCUGGAGGUGAGGGCACCAGCCGCUCGUUCAGGCACAGAGUGGCACCAGCAGCGUGCCAGGGCAGCCCAUCCUGAGGAAGAGCACAGCCAGCACAUCACAGAACGCCACCAUUGUCACUGCCCCGGGUGCUGUCUGUGCCCCAGGACAUCCUCGGCUUUGUUUUCCAUCUCCUGAGACUCUCUUUACACCACUCUGAGAAAGGAUCUAGCUGGCAGCAGUUUAAUGCAUGACAAUCCUGUUAUACAGCUGUAAAUAAGUAACAACUAGGGGGAAAAAAAAUGCAUUUUUAAAUUUUUUUGUUGACAUUAUUUUCACUAUUGACUAGCUGGUAGCCACUUUCUUAAGGGAUUUCUCAUGGAAACUGUGACCUUUAUUCUCUGUAUUUCUCUCUCUUUCUUUCUGAGAUUUUCUUUUCCCAUGUUUCAAAUGCUUUUUGGUGUAAUGUUCAAUGCCUGUUUGUAUUUUCGAAUUGUAUUUUUCGAACUUUGCUGGAAAAAAAAAAAAAAAAAAAAGGGAAAAAAAGGCCCAUUCUGAUUGGCAGGAUUUUUAGUCCUGCCUUUUUUUUCAGCUUUUAGCUUUUUCAGUAAGUUAAAGCAACAGAAAAAUGCCUCAAAAAAAAAAAAAUCACAGUGAAGUUCUGAGGAGAGAUUAGAAAACAUCAGAAACGAGAAGUACAAUAGUAAGAUCAGCAAGCUGAGUGGAGGGGGAGGAGGACUCUUGUGGCACCUACCAACCUCCUGAUGUAGCACACGAGGUAGAGGGACUAGACCUCUUCACUGAAUUAAAUCACUCUGCUUUUCCACUCUACCCACUCUCUCGAACUCCAAUCAAAAC